UUCAAGUCAUUAUUCUCCUCCUGCUCCUAUUCAGACGAGGUCCCGUUGGCUCAUUGUUAUUCUGCCCGAGUGACAGAGAGAGAGAGACACAGAAUGGGAGGCUGACUGUGGUUUCUAACGGCAGGGAGCUGGUUGUACUGGGCGGGGGUUUCUGUCGGUGGUUUUUCUGUCCGGAUUUUGCGGGCGUGAAGGCAUGUUGGUAAUCGGCUCAGUAAUGAGGAGAGGUACUGAACGGCACCAAAUAUCUGACCCCGAUUCCUGGGAGUAGAGAGAGGCAGAGAGAGGGAGAAAGUGUGUGCGAGAGAGAGGAGGACAGAGAGAGAGGGCCAUGUGAAAAAGGGGUGGAGGGGAGUUGAGAUUUAGUGCUCUGCUGGAUGAAACAACCCCCCACUAACUAACGGAGAGGGAAAGUAGCCUAAUAGGAAGAAAAGAGGGGGUGUACUGUUCAUUUAACACUCACAGACGCGCAGGAAGCCAUUAUCGUUUCGCACAAUGAGAUCAGAAAAGGGGAUUUCUGUCUGCUGUAAAGCUUAGGGCCCUGAAUAAUAAACAACACAAACGUAUAUAGUGGCAGCACGUAACCCAGAGAAGAAAAAUGUCUCGAACAGAAGAGGUCAACAAGAUGACAGAAAAUGUCUAUAAGGGGAUUCUGGACCAGUUCAAUCCCAGUCUGAAGAACUUUGUGACCAUGGGGAAACACUAUGAGAAAGCCCUGACAGGAGUCACUGUGGCUGCCAAAGGGUACUUUGAUGCUCUGGUGAAACUUGGAGAGCUGGCGAGCGACAGCCAAGGCUCCAAAGAGCUGGGAGACACACUGUUUCAGAUGGCCGAGGUCCACAGACAGAUUCAGGUGCAGCUGGAAGACGUGUUAAAGUUAUUUCACUCUGAGUUGCUCGCCCAGUUGGAGCAGAAGUUGGAACUGGAUAUUAAAUAUCUCACAGCCACCCUAAAGAAGUAUCAGAGUGAGCGGAGGUCUAAAUCUGAGUCUAUUGAGCGCUGCCAGUCCCAGCUGAAGAAACUCCGCAGGAAGAGCCAGGCCAGUCGCCACCCGAACAAAUAUGGAGACAGAGAGAUGCAGUUUGUGGAGUUGAUGAGUCGUCGUCAGGUCGAGCUGGACACGCUGGUUGCCUCGGGUUACAAGUCUGCGCUCACUGAGGAAAGGAGACGAUAUUGCUUCCUGGUGGACAGACAGUGUAGUGUCACCAAACUGCUUAUCAACUACCACUCCAAGGUGAGAGAGCUUCUGUCACAGAAACUGUCAUCCUGGCAGCAGUCAUGUUCUCAGCCCACAAAGCUGCCAGAGCGCGCUCUGAAUCUGCUGCGUCACACUGCACCUCAAGGCUCAGGGGCUGCAGGGAUAGCCGAGGUCCUCCGCCACACCAAGAUCGGCUCUGCUCAGCCAGAACAGAGACUCUCUGUUCAAGAAGUCCCUCCUCUGAUGAACGGAGACUACAGUCGCUCCCAGCAGCAGCGCUCGCUCCCCUCCUCCUCCAAGAGUGAAACUAGUCUUCCUCAGGGCUCCCCUCAGACUUUCCGCUCCCUCUCCAGUGGAGGAGCUGCUGGAGGUUCGUCACGAGGAGCGUCUCCUCAGCACACCAGCACACCUCUCAGUGCAUCGGCCUGCCCCCUCCCUGACAGCAGCGCCAGCAGCAGCACCAGCCCCGCUGCUUCUACCCCCACUACGUCUGGCGGGUUGGCCCAGCAAAGCUCUCUCAUCCUGGCCGGCAACACAUCCAACCUCUCCCCGAGCCUCAUCCCCUCCACAGUGAUGUCGCUCAGCCAGAUCUCCCCGGCCGGCGGCCCAUUACAUGGCAUGACCCUCCCAAUCGCCCACAGUGCGCCUCACAGUCCGCCUCUGCCCCACAGCGCUCCUCUCUCCAGGGCCAUGACUCCUGUGCAGUUACUGCACCAACAGGUGGGACCAGGAGGGAGCAAUACUUCCUCCUCGUCACAUAAUCCCUGGCUUCUGAAGACCGCUGACAUGUGUGGAACAGCAACACUUCCACUGCCGAGGAGACCUCUCAGUGAAAUGAGGCUGGGCGGCUUUCAGGGCUCUAGUCUCCCCAGGAUGCUGCCUUUAUCUGGACCUACCCGUGUGGAAGCCAUGUUCGCUCACACUCCUGCAGCACCAGAAGCCGGCAGCGGCGUAGGGGGCGGGGGCGGGGGCGGGGCUUGCUUACUGCACUUCCUGCCUGGUGACAACAUCACCCUGCUCAUCUCUGAAGCCAGAGACGGAUGGCACUAUGGUCAAAAUGAACGAACUGGACGGAAAGGCUGGUUCCCUUUCUCCUACACGCAGUCACAGCACAGUACGAUGGAUCACCUCGAGAGCUCUCUCUUCUUAUCUAAGGCUAACAGCACCAGUACGGGCCAACUCGACAAGCUGGUGUCUCCAGGUCUCCCAGCCCUCACCCCCGAAUCAGAGGAGGAGCACUCCCUUCCUCCCCAGAGGGUCAGCACCUUCCGCCCGCGCCCGUACAGCAUGGCCGACAGCCACAAGAUCACCGCAGAAUUGGUCUCUCCACCACCCUCACCAACCAGGGCCAAUCCAUUUGCCCACGUCCGACUCAGAAGAACUGUCACCAACGAUCGCUCAGCUCCCAUCAUUGAGUAAGAGUUUUAUUCCCACAGCAGCAGCAAUCCUGUUGUCUGUGGUUUGUCGGUCCAUCAAACCUCAGGUUGAAUCCUGGAAACAGCUCAUUGGUUCAGCUGGAUUCUUUACUGUGGAUGUUCUUUUUCGCAAAUUAAUUAAAUACCGAUUCUGUUUCACGUGAAGGAAAAGAACAUUUCAACAUCAAGUAUGAAAGGUUCAUGUGUAAAAGGCUGACCUGUUAUAAAUAUGGUCCAUUCAAUUUUUAAGGUAGUUAAUAGGAAAAGAUAAGUAGAAACAAGACCACUUAAUAUCUGGAAAUUCUGAUUGACUGAAACAUGGACAUAUAAACAAAAUCUAGGCUAGUUUUAAUGAAAAAGAAAUAAAGUGUUGUUAGCUUAGAGUUUGAGAUCGAUUUACUGUAUCGUCCAGAAUGACUAACAUUUUUAGGUUUUUCCUGGCCAAUGGAAGAUGCCUCUUAUUUCUCUUCCUGUUUUACACUGCAAUUUUCUCUCUAGACAUAACCUUUAAUGUAGUUUGUUGGGUUGUUUUUUGUGCCAUAUCCAGAAAUGUUUUCUUUGUUGAGCUGAUCUAGGGACUGGCUCCUAAUAGCAGGUUGUGAACUUUCACUUUCACUGUAAUGAAGUGUGACGGGGAAAGGACAGGCUCCUACUCUAAAAGUGCUAUUACAAUAUUAUAUUUUAUAGAAAAACUGCCAGAUUAUUUUUUGGUUUCAAUGAAGGAUGAACUUUUAAAUUUAAAUUAAGUGUCUUUUCUUGUUUAAAAUGUUUGGUUGAGAGACUCUUGGCAUAUUUUAGUGAAAUUGGCACAAUGAGGUUUUUUUUCGGGUCUUUUUUUUUUUUUUUACUUUAAAAUGACUGUUUAAGUCCCUGUCAGUUAUAUCUUAUGUUUAUGCCAGUUAACAUUACAUAUUCUGCUGCUGUAAAGUCACAUAUUAGUAUUUUAUGAAUGUAGAUUUGUGGAUUAGUGGAACUCUUAUGGAAGAGUAUUAGGGUCAGGCAUAAGAAGAAAAGAAAUCAGUUAUACUCUUCUUUAUUACCUGGACUCAAAAUACAUUAUGAAAACCAACAACAACCUUACAUUUGAUUAUUUUAAUGAUUGAGCAAUAAGACUUGUUAGUUUCAGAGUGAAAUACUUAUUCAAUACAGAGUCCUACAAAACGCAGAAACAGAAAAGCUUAUGAGCUUCACAGACACAAACUGUGACAGUUAAUAGUUGAACGUUUGGAUGGUGUUAUUCCUGAAAGUUAUUAUUUUUUAUAAAGUAGCAUGUUGUGGAGGGUUUAAAGUGUUAAGAACGAGAGAUUUACGUGCUUAGUCUUUGGAUUUGAUGUCUUCUUGAUUCCUUUUCGGUCCCAAAUCUAAAGCUAGACAACAUCCAGGCUAGUUGAUUGUAGUUGUAUGUUUACCAAUCAGACUGAGCAGAAUCUUCAAGAGAUGUAAAAGCCGUGACGGACGAUAGGAUUGAGUUUUAAUGGAGAAAUGUUUUGAUGAAAGUGAUGAAGAAAGCAUACGGGAAGUUGACCAACGUCUUAGCAAGUGUUUAUGGUAAACUAGAGAUAUCCAAAGUAAUAUUCUGUAGUUCUGUAGUCGCAUCUAAAAAACUGUGGUUUAAAGGUGAAACUUUAUAUUCAAACUUUAAUGGUUUGUGUUCCUGUUGUAACUUCUGUGAUCUUUUAGCACCUUGAAGAUUCAAGAUAACGCCCACAAGGGUCAUAGUAAAUCAUCUCUAACAGCAUAUAUAUUACUUUGAGUAGCAUGGCAUCAUUAAUAGAGAUGACCACAAAAUGAUAGAGCUAAUGCUUAUUCAUGCUUGUAAAUAGUGCUGAAAACAUAUGUAACUGUAUGACUUUUAUUUGACUUCUUUUUCUAAUGAUAUUUCACUUUGGUAGAACACUUUGACUUUGUAGAAGCUGUAGAAGCAGUAAACCUCCCUGCACAUGUCAGUCGUGGCAUUUAAACCUUUCUCUCUGACUCUGAAAAAGAAACAACACAGCGAUAAUACAGAAUGAUAUAUAUAUAUAUAUAUAUAUAUAUAUAUAUAUAUUGAUUAAAAUAUACCUUAAUAUUGGAGUCACAGUAACUGGUGGCUGUUGUCGAGGCCAGUAUUAGUGAUUCAUAAAAUAGAAUGAAAGAUUAACUGAGUUUGGGGCAAGCGAUAAAGACAACAAUAUUGUAAGGCAAAUAAAUGUGCCUUAAAUGUAAGUGCAUAAAUAGAAAAUGUGCAAAUAUUUGAGAAAUAAUGUAGUAUAUGUACAACAUAUACAUAAAUAAUGUGUGUAAUAUGUUGUAAGAAAUAUAUGAGGACUCUGUUAAAAAUAUAAAUGUUGAAUGAAUAGACACAUUUAGUCUAAAGGAUGUUGCAUGUGUGUACAGAAAGUAUGUGUAAAUGUCUAAAUGAUUUAUUUGGAAUCUGUUCAUUGUGCUCUAAUAACGCCUGCAGAGGGAGGCACCUUAUACUGAAAACAGGAACUUAUACAAAGUCCAAAAGUCUUCUCUCAAAGUGAAAUAUUGUUUUUAACAUUGCACACCCCAUUUACACAGUUCCUUGGUUCUGUGAAAAAUACGAAGCAACGUAAACAGACGUGUCAGUCUGUUCUCUGAAUUACAUCGACGUGAAAUCCUGGUGACUGCAGAAGAUAUUAUAUUAUGAUGAAUACUGCGGAGACAUUCUUUACCUACACUGAAUAUUGACAUGUUGUGAAAUAAAAGCUCUAUGAA